AUGACGGACCCAAACCUACCCACUUCCUCGACUGCGACUACCGCGCCCUCGCCGGUCAAUAGUUCUGAAAACCAGGCUUCAGGAAUUACACCAGAGCCUGGCACAUUUGCUGCCUCUGACUCUUUUGGUGACGAAGUCGCCGCCCUCGUUCUGGAGAUCGAAAAGCAAAGGGCGAGUAUGAGGGCGCGGGCAGCGGAUGACGAAGCCCUGAGCAACUCGAUUGAGAAGUUCACUCGCGACACGAGUGCCGCCUUGACAUCCGUGAGCGAGUCAGCACAAGAGCUCGCGCGAGAGGUCAAGCGCAAUUUGGAGACUAUGAAAGAAGACAUCGUUCAGCAAGUGAAAGCGCGUGUAGAUGCGGCGAAUGAGGAGAUGGACAUGCGAAUCAGCAGCCUAAAAACCGCGCCUCGGUCGGAGUGGGAGACUAUUAUGUCUGCCUGGCCACCUCUUGGGCGCUCUCGCGCGUAG